ACAGCUCAGCCUUUGGCAGCAGCAUGUAGGAGCCUCUCCCCUCUGCUGCUGCGCCAGACACAGAGGCAGACUCACUCGGGAUACUCCAACACCAUGAAGAGCCUGCUCCCUCUGGCCAUCCUGGCUGCACUGGCUGUGGCAGCCCUGUGCUAUGAAUCGCACGAGAGCAUGGAGUCCUACGAAAUCAGUCCCUUCAUCAACAGGAGGAAUGCCAACACCUUUAUAUCCCCUCAGCAGAGAUGGCGAGCUAAAGCCCAAGAGCGGGUCCGGGAACGCAACAAGCCUGCCUAUGAGAUCAACAGGGAAGCCUGUGAUGACUACAAGCUGUGUGAGCGCUAUGCCAUGGUCUACGGAUACAAUGCUGCCUAUAACCGCUACUUCCGGCAGCGCCGAGGAGCCAAAUAAGAGGAUGAAGAAAUAAACAUUUGUUCCUGAAUCUCGUUUUGUAUCCCCCUGCAGUAGCAAUACCGAAGUAUACAGACACAUAUGCAUUGCUAGUCUCCUACAUGAUCUCUUGUCUGGCUGCCCUACUCCUCCCUGUCCGGGUUGAAAGUAACGAAAGAACAGUAUUAAGAAAUGUGUUUAUAUAUAAUAAAAUUCUUGUUUGAUACUUUCA